AUGGUUACAGUUGCUGUCGCUGGGGGCACUGGCAAUGUCGGCCGCACCAUCGUCGAUGCAUUGAAGGCGAGCCCAAACCACAAAGUCAUUGUCCUGGCACGCAAAGAAUCCAAGGCACAGGACAUCGGCGUCCCAGUCUUUGGUGUGGACUACCAAGACGUCGACUCACAGUCUCACUUGCUAGAGACCAACAACGUCGAAACUGUCAUCUCCGCCCUCAGUGUCAGGGGUCCUAUCGAGGGUGCCUCUGAAAUUGGCCUCGUCAAGGCAGCAGCAAAAGCCUCAACAACAAAACGAUUCAUUGCGAGUGAAUAUGGGACUGUGGCGCCGGCUGAGAAAGACCUGCAGCUGCCCCAGCACGAACAUCGUCUCGCAACCAUCGCCGAGUUGAAGAAGACUGACCUCGAAUGGACCAGAGUCCACAACGGAUACUUCUUGGACUAUUUCGGCAUCCCCUAUAUCGAAACCCACAUGGCGCCAGUUUCAUUUGUCGUUGACAUGGCCAACAAGGCUGCAGCGAUACCAGGUACAGGCAAUGAUCUCGUGUGCUUCACCUACACAAAGGAUCUGGCCAAGUUUGUCGUCGCAGCUCUCGACCUGGAACACUGGGACGAGUCUUUGUUUUGCUAUGGGGACAAGGUGACCUGGAACGAGUUUCUGGCCAUUGCCGAAGAGAUGAGAGGCUCAAAAUUCACUGUGACCUAUGACAGUGUUGAGCAGUUGGCAAGAGGUGAAAUCACUGAGCUUCCCUCUCACCCUGCCAUAUACCCUUACUUCCCGAAACCGCUUUUCCAACAAUACUUUGGCAAGUUCGCACUGUACGUGACGGCAGGCUUGUUUGAUUUCCCCCAUGGCACAACCCUCAACAACAAGUUCCCAGACAUCAAACCGACCACGGUCAGAGAGAUGCUCAGUGUUUGGGUUGGCAAAUAG